AAUAUCAUUUAUUAUUAUUAUUAUUAUUAUUAUUACUACUACAAUGGGAUUUGUUUGUGGGCCAUAUAUGCACAUAUAUGUUCAACUUUUCUGUAUACCAUAAAAUGGAUCUCCACCAUAUAAAUUCACAGAACUCAGUCACUGAUCAGUACUCCUUUAGAUUCAAAUAUUUCCUUUCUUUUUGUGUUCUCCACUGUGCUUUCUUAUUCACCUUUCCUCAGCUAUAGUAUAACAUGAAUGGUUACAGAGAAGAAAACUCGUUAAUCUGCUAUUUUCAUCCCAAACAAGUGGUAAUAGGGGUCUGCCCCUUGUGCCUGAAUGAAAGGCUCCUCAUCUUGGCCUCAAAACAAGGCCACCUUUCCUCUGCAGCUCGAAGCAGCACCCGUACUAGAGCACAAAGCUCCUCCACAAACAGAAAACCACACAUCACUCUUCCAAAGAUCUUUGCUCUCGGAGGCUCUCUUCUCAGUCGACUAGAGUUCCGGCAUUGGAAAUCCGAGCACUCAGAUCACGAUGCCUCCACUAGUCAAGAAGACUCAUUUAUAUCAAUCAAGAUUGGAGACAACGGUGUGGCAUCGUGGGAGAACAAUCCAGUACUUUCUUCUAAGGUCCCCCUAGAGAACUGCAACAUAACUCGGAAUCACACCUGGUUCACCAAAGAAGCCAAGGAGACAAUUAAGGAGACGGCCACCGCCAAGUCCGUUGUAGAACAUGGGAAACCGCGUGCCUCACUUCGGUGGCGGAAGAGGAUUGGUCAUCUGUUCCAGCUCAUCAGAUGGAAAAGGUCCAACAAGGGCAAUGCGCGCCACGUGAGCAGCAAGGUGGAGGGAGUGAAGGUGAUCAGGAAGAGUUGGAUAAGGACUCUGACAAAGAGAAAGACCACCAUGGAAUAAAGUAGGUUUUGUACGAAGUGAAAACAGUCGAUUUCUUUUCACUUUCACUCUCUCAUACCAAUUUGAUUGAUGUGGGUUGAUGCUCAAAUGUGACUGUAAAGCUAUAUAUAUAUAUUGUGGAGAUGGUAAAGUCAAUAUUGCUUUAUCACUCAAAAAUGUGCUUUUCUUUGCUUUGAAAUCUUGUGGGGGUCCUUUUACUUUUCCCUCUCUUUUCCAUUGUUUUUUUUAAUGCAGAUGACAGUCUGUAAUAGGAAUGUUGAAAUGCGCUCCGGUUUGAGAAAUGGACGGCCGAAAGGUAGAUAUAUAUAAGUUGUGAGUUAUUCUGGAUAAA